AUGGCUUCAAAACCCUCCCCUCAGCAUGGCAACGAGCCAUUGCAUGCUUCAACGUCAACUACCAUUGCGGCAGAUCAAUACGAAUUCAGCGAUGAUUUUUCGGACGAAGCAGAAACCAUGGCAGUUCCUCAUAUAUCAGAUGAGGAUGCACAAUCUAUCAUUGGAGUUUCCCUCAGUCAUGCAGCUUCACGUUUGAGAACUUCGAGAACACCUGCUGCAGAGAAGGCUGCCGCCAUGGAUAAUUUAGAAGGUGGUUAUUUUGACAGCGACCCUGAGACUCCGCUAGCAUUAGAGCCAACUGCAAAUGGGCCAUUCGAUGAAGAGUUACCAACAACUACAAAGGGAGAAGGAUUGACAUUGGAGACAUCACCAUCACCGAACCUUUCACAAAAACCACUUCCUCCUCUACCUCUGCCAUCUCCCCCUUCGCCGUGGCGGGCAGGACCGAAGCCAAUUGUCGUUACAGAACCACCAAAUGAUAGUCGCACGUCAGCAAUGGCUAGUGUAUUCAAUAACGGGAAUGGGAGGAAACGUCAAAGUUCAUUAUCUAGCAGUGCUGAUGCGCUUAAAAAACUGCUGCCGAAGGGGCUACCUUCCAUGGCUCAAGUAGGACACUUAUUUAGUACAUCAACGAGUUCGACUCACAAGUCUCGAUCAUCUAUUAGUUCGCCAAGAAGCGCCACGUUCUCCCCCUUUUCUACCUCGCCUAGUCAUUUAAAAGGUGAGGGGCAAUCAUCUACGAAUAACAAUCAGGUAAAGGGGCGCCUCACAACUCAAUACCAUCCAUCACAACGUCAUAGUAAUUCACAACUUCAAAGUGCAAGUACAGCGAGCAAUAACAACACAACAGAACGGCCAUUGAUUCUUCGCAGAGCAACAUCUGAUGAUUCACUACUAUAUCAUAGCUUAUCUCGAAGUUCCUCACUGGGUGAUGAUACACGAUUCGAAAAUCACCGCGAACAAGUCAAUUCUCGAGUCAAAGCUAUCAGAGACUCUUUUCAAGAUCGAUCGACUUUUCGAAUGCCACAACUUCCCAGUAUGCCAAGUAUGCCCCGCGUACCCAGUUUUGGCUUUAGCAUGAACUUUUUGAAUUCCAGCCCAGCGUCGUACAGAUCAAGGUCAAUUACUGAUGCACAUUCAGACGUAUUGCCAGCAGUUAUAAAAAAGAAACCACUCGAAUCGAGUCCCUCCUUUUCGAAAUCCGAUUCGUUUUUUGGCGGUGAGAAUACUCGGUCGUCGACGAAACCUACAAGUGCUUUAGACAAGGCAAUGGAACAUUUGACGGGUGAUGUCGUAAUUAUGGGUGGAUAUCGAGGAUCGAUACUCCGAUCUGCCAAAGCACCAAAUCAUCAACUUUGGGUUCCUGUCAAGGUAGGACUUAACCUCCGUAAAGUGGACCUGGAAGUUGGUCUGGAUCCAGAGGACGAGGAAAGAAUGGAAGAAAAUAUAAUCCCAUCUGGGAUGCUUAAAAAUAUUGGACCAGUGGAUAUCUCCAGGCGAUUAUUCAAACGACUUCGCAAUUGCGAAAAUGCACAAAAUGGGAAACUCAGAGUAUGGGAUUAUGGUUAUGAUUGGAGGUUAAGUCCGCAUCUUUUGAGUAGAAAGCUGAAAGCCUUCUUGGAGACAUUACCUUCUAAUCAGCCAGGUCCUAAUGGAGAAAAGCCCACGGGCGCGCUGGUGAUUGCUCAUUCAUUGGGAGGUUUGAUCACGAGACAUGUUGUGAAUCAAAAGCCUGAGUUGUUUAGUGGAGUGAUAUAUGCCGGUGUUCCACAAUCAUGCAUAAACAUCCUUGGUCCCUUUAGAAAUGGAGAUGCUGUCCUAUUGAGUUCAAGAGUGUUAACCGCUCAAGUCAAUUUUACACUACGGACUAGUUUUGUACUCCUUCCUGAGAAUGGAGAGUGUUUCUUUGAUCUCCAUACAAGAGAAAGAUAUCCCGUCGACUUUUUCAAUUUGGAUGAUUGGAUCAAAUAUCGUUGGUCGCCUGUUACAGAUCCACCACUGCCACCAAUCUCUCAAUCUGGUAGUGGACUUGGCAGUAUUCUCAAUCUCCAAAUACCAAAUAGUCUAUCAAGUCUAACGAUAACUGGAAAGAAAACUGGCUCAGGUUCGAACUCUGGCUCGGGCUCCGGUACAAAUACUCCUCAACCCUCUUCACCAUACCUCGGAUCUGAUUCUCGCAACGAAAAUGAUGAUCGACAUCACUCAACCGACCAAUCCAAAACUAGUCGAGCAGCAGAAGCUCUCCGUGGAGUAGAUGGUACGGAUCGUACCCUUGCACCUCAAAUGGGUAACUCCCUUGGUAAAUCUUAUAACCCUGCUCCCUCGGUGUCGACUCUUGUCACUCUUCCCCGCGACAAAGCAAUCGCCUAUCUACGACGCACGCUAGCCGAAACACUUCAAUUUAAAAAAGAACUUCAUCACAGACCCGAAAUCUCGGAAGCAAAUCGUUACCCUCCAUUGGCAGUCAUUUAUGGAAAGUCAAUACCCACGGUUUAUGGAGCGAAGGUCGCAGGUAGAGAAGGAAUUCCGUGUGCAGAUGUUUAUGACAAUCUGGCUUUUGCAAGUGGGGAUGGGGUUUGUCUGGCGAAAGAGGCAAUGCUGCCAGAAGGGUAUCAAUUAGUUAAGGGAGGGAAAGUGAGGAGUGAUAGAGGGCACGUCACUUUGUUGGGAGAUUUGAAUGCGGUGGGGAGAGCAAUGGAGGUGAUCAGAAAGGGGAGAGGAAAGGGUAUUGGAUUAGGGGUUUCGCAGGACUGA